AUUAGCUGAAGUUUAUUCCGAGGCCACAUUGGCUUCGUCGUGAAUUAGCUGAGUUGGAAGUAUUCCGACAACUGGGAGACAACCCAAUGGUGUUACUCCGCCCCAUGACCUCGUCUGACUGCCGAGCGCGAUGGAGCGCCUGGACAGGCGUGAUUCCUCGGUGCUUGGAAUAGUUACCAUCAUUUGCCCUGUGAGAUUGCUCGAUCCGUUAGUCAAGCUGACACCGCGGUGACUCAGACAUUGUCUAUUGUUGACUUUUGACGAAUCACUUCCUUCCUCUCUGUCGGACAGAGCCCUUGCCCUCAUGGACGCGAACAGCUCGGAAAAGAGAUUGACGAAAGUCUGCACAUCGUGAAGCACCGUGGCCCCGAUGCCACAGGGAAGUGGAUCAGCCCGGACAACCGCGUGGGCCUCGGCCACGUCCGCCUCUCCAUAGUUGACCUCAGCCCCGACGGCAACCAGCCCUUUGUCGACACCGAGAACGAAAUCUACACCGUCGUCAACGGCGAACUGUACGACCACGAACGAUACCGCGCCGAGCUCUCAACCGAAUACAACUUUCGCGGGCACAGCGACUGUGAGAUCGUGCUUGCGCUGUACAAACACUACGGUCUAGACUUCCUCAGCCAUCUCCGCGGCGAGUUUGCCCUGGUCCUUUGGGACGCAAGGCGGCAAAAUUUCGUCGCAACUAGGGAUCGGUAUGGGGUCAAGUCGCUUUAUUAUACGAUCUCUGGGGGACGAUUGCUUGUUGCGACGGAAAUGAAGCAGUUUCUGGCGUACGGGUGGGAGGCGGAGUGGGAUGUGCGGUCUGUUGUUGAGAAAGGGUUGAUUUUCGACGAGAGGACGGUUUUUGAGGGGGUGAAGAAGAUCUUACCUGGGCAAUAUAUGGUCAGUCGCAACUAUGGAGAGAUCCAGACGAAGAAGUACUGGGACAUGCAAUACCCGGACAAGUUCACAAAAGAGAUCCGGACAGAAGAAGAAAUUGUUGAAGGAGUCCGCCAACGCCUUCUCGACGCAGUGCGCGUCCGUCUUCGUGCAGACGUCCCAGUGGGAAUUUACCUUAGUGGCGGCAUUGACUCCUCCGCCAUCGCAGGAAUGGUCGUGCACCUCGUGAAUGAAGAAGGCGCAAAGCUAGGUGACAGCUCGAGCCAGGAUCUUUCUCGCAUCCAGUGUUUCACGGUGCAGUUUGACAAGGACAGUGGCAUGGAUGAGUCUGAUGUCGCGCAGCGUACUGCGGAGUUUCUGGGUGUCAAGUUCAACCCUGUUCAUGUUACCGAGGAGAUCCUUGCCGAGCGGUUUGAAAAAGCAGUCUGGUACAGUGAAGCCUUCAUGUCGGACGUCAACGGCGCCGGGAAGCUAGCGAUGGCAGAAGUUGCACACAAUGGAGGCUUCAAGGUUGUCAUAACUGGCGAAGGGUCAGACGAGCACUUAGCCGGAUACAGCUUCUUCCAAAACGACGCGCUCCUGGAGAAAGAUCCCUCCUGGACACCUGCCGACUACAACGAGACCAAAUUUGAGGAAGCCAAAGACAAGGCAGGGACAAACCACGUCGCUGGGGUCAAGUGGUCGCUGCCUCCAACCCUUCCGUCCACAACGCGGACGCUGAACAACACGAGCGUCGCAGGGCAUCUCGGUGGGAUGAUUCCCCUCUCCAUCGCCUCGUGGGUGCUUGAGAAGUACGGAGCAACGGACUGGCAAACCCUGUUCGCCGACUCACUCGACGGCGAGGUCCGACACGCGAUCGCGAAACGCUGGCACCCACUCCACUCAGCUGAAUACAUCUGGACGAAGACCGCCUUCCAGAUUUCCCUCCUCCGCUAUCUAGGCGAUAACAUCGACAUGGCGCACCAGAUCGAGUCCCGCCCGGCGUUCCUCGACCACAAUCUUACCGAGUACGUGAACGGCCUGCCGCCGAGCCUGAAGAUGAAAUACAAAUACGACAGCGGCACCUUCACGGAAAAGUACAUCCUGCGCGAGGCCGUGAAGCCAUUUGUCACGGAGGAGAUCUAUAAGCGGAAGAAGCAGAUGUAUGCCGCGCCUAUGCGGUAUGGGGUUGAUGGGCCGAUGCACCGGAAGCUGAAGGAGUUAGUCACUAAGGAGAAUGUGGAGGCGCUCGGUUUUAUGGAUUGGGAAAAGACGCAGGGAGUGGUUGACAAGGCGAUUGUGGAUGGGGACCCCUUUGCGUUUAGGGCCGCGGUGAGUGCUGCCCAGUGGGUUAUCCUUUCGAAGAGGUUUGGCGUCAAGAAGGCGACGGCGGAGAACGCGAAGUAGAUGACAAUAGGGAUUUGUGUUAGAUGGUUUAUCCAUCACCUUGAAGACUGACCCAAACCGUGCUUCUAUGGUGGAUGACAUACCUGUCCUGUAGACUGGACCCCCGAAUCCCAGCCCGUCCUGCACAAAAAUGUUAGUCCUCGUCGUCUGAUAUUAGUGAUGGUUUUUCAUAGAUUCCGUGUCGCAAAUAAGGGAAGCAGAAGCUGGGUGACGAAGCAAGCUUUUACCUGAAACAUUAGUCGCUUCAGACAGGCACAGGGGGGAAUU